CCUACGUAAUAUUUGUAAUCAUGACAACGUAGAAAUUUGCGUGAAUAACAUUGUAAUAUUUCGGUACAUUUGCGUCAGUGCAUCCGUCCAAUUUACAGUGCAACAAGUAUAAUUUUUUGAAUUAAAUUGCAUAACUUCAAGUUUAAAAAUGGCAAAAGUUAAACACAAAAUAGACCCAAGAUCUCGUAAUGGAUCCAAAAUUAAACAACCGGAAUCCAUUAAAUCUGAAAAAUUGAAGGGACGAAUUUCUCUAAAAGAUAUGCGUUGUGAUGUCUGUGGGGACAAAGUAAAAGCUCAAAAUUACGGAGGCAUUUCUUGCAAUUGUUGCCGGUCGUUUUUUCAUUAUUAUGUCAUCAAUAAAGUCGAGGAUCCCACGUCCAUCCAGCAUCUUAAGAGGAAUUGCAAAUUUGAAAAUGAUUGUGUAAUUGACAAAGUUACGAGAAAAAAGUGUAAAACGUGCCGAUUCUUUAAAUGUGUAACUAUUGGAAUGUCACCGGCUUGGGUGUGGAAGGAGUAUGAAAAAGCAAGGGAGCUUAAGCAACAAAGAAUGCAGACAAAUGUUUUCUUCAAGAAGAAGAAUAAAUUAUUGAGCGAUGACGAUACUAAAAAAAUAACAAAUUUAUCAAAAUUCUAUCAAACUGCGUGUGAAUUAAUUCCCUACACUUUUCUAACCCGAGAAGAAAACGAAGUCUUGACCUAUACUAAAAUACAUUUAAUUGAUAUUGGCCGAUUGUCUACGGCAAUUAGAAGGUUCGUAUGUUUUGCAAGAAUGCUUCCCGAAUUUGCAAGGCUUGGUUUGCACGAUCAAGCCAAUUUAUUGAGACGAUCUGUCGUAGAAAUGCUCCUUUUACGAGAUGUGAUCCGAAAAUACCCGUAUGAGAGUCGUAAGGUCGGAUUGGAUAGGGGAAAGUUUCCUGAACUUCCCGUUCUCACGGAAGACGAAUUUAUAUCCGUAAUUCCAAAGCACGUGAUGGAAAUGUAUUACACGUUGUACAAAAGAAUUCGAAGCAUAGCCCCCGACGAGGAAAGCAUCAUGCUUCUCAUCCCAAUAGCGUUGUUCUCGGACUCUGGUGGAAACGAGAAUUGUACCGAUUUUGAUGACCGACUAGCAAUAAAUUCGGCACAAGAACUGUACACCGCAUUACUGGAGAAAUAUUUAAAGUCAACGCAGGGAAGGGCCAGGGGAAGGGUGCUGUUUCCCAGGUUGCUAUCACAACUUAGCGCAGUUACGGAAGCCAGCCACCUUCACCAGGGUCUCCCCCUCAACAUGAGCGACGAUCAAGUUGAUAAAAUGCAUAAACAUUUGCACCAACUUCAGUUAAAAACUUGUGAACAACCUGUGAAUAAAUAUAAUCAGGAUCACUCCAACGGAAAACCCACGGAACAAAUCGGAGAACAAAGGGAGUGCUGCAAGAAAUCUGUCCCACUUAAAAAACCUGUUUCAAAAACGGAUAGUUCGAAAUGGGAAGUUCCCACAACACCGGAACCAGCAUCGGAAACACUGCCCGCAUUGAUUCACACUUUUGUCAGUAUAUCUAAUGAAUUUGGAAUUAAGCAGGAUUAUUUUGAGUCAGGCCCCCAUGUCGGCGUCGAAAAAGCUUUUAUGCGUAGAAUGCCACAACUUUUGAAGAAUCCGUGGGAUUCUUUGGUCAAUGAGGUGGACAAAUUAGUAAUUUCAGACUGUGGGACAUUAGAAAAAUGACGGUGGAAAAAUGAUAAAUAUAUGUAAGCUCUCUAAGCACAAGUAGUGCAAACGUAAGUAGCAUGUGGAAGGGUGUGAGACAUAUUUAUUUUAUUCUUGCGUGGUAUAUAAUUUUAGUUUCAACUUAACGAUUCAACUCUGUGGACACAUUUUUUAGGAUGGUUUUUGCUUGCUUCCCGUAACUGACAUGUGGGAGGCCAUAAAUUCAUGGAAAAAAUUUUAGUGUCAAACAUGGUAUCAAAAAUUCAGCGGGCAGUGCGGUGAUGCAAAUAAUUUUAUGGUCAUUUUAAUAAAUUUAUUUUAAACUUUUCGUUGCACUGUAUCGCUUCACCUAAGCAUCUAGUUUUUUCGGGUUUAGUUUAUUCACUCUGAUUUCGAUCACUUCCUUGAAAUUGUAUCAGUACGAUGAGGUACGUUGUAACGGUGCCAACAAUCUGUAAUAUUAGUUAAGUGGUUUCAAAAUUAUUAUUGCUACAUUACUGCUAUUUACAUAAAUACGUAUAAUACCUUACCGUGGUCAUGAUCCUAAGAUUUAUGUCAAAGAAGCCCAUAUUGACUUGGAUCUUUCCAGGAUUUGCGAUCAUACUAAAUUUCUAAAAAAAAUAUUUCCAGACGUCAUCUGUUACUUCCAGAAUUUUUGUUAUAUAAAUAUCUACAUAUUUCGCACCCAUGUGUAUUUACAACCCAACGCUUCUUUUGAAUGUAUAAAUGCACCCGAGUAUGC